AUGUCAGCAACUCCAGACAAUCAGGGUCAAGCGAAGCCCGCUCUUUGCAUGAAAAGAACACCCUUUCUGGCAGACGAUAAUGAGUCGGACACGGAAACCCCAUCCCAUUUCAGCGCUGCAAGAAGAGUAACUCACAAGCAGAUUCAGGAGCCCGACGUGUUUAAUGAGUCAGUCGAGGACAUCAUCAACGAUAUGCGCAACGAUGUCUAUAUGGAGAACAACGCCGACCCUGCUACUUGCAGGUCCCCUUCUGUUGAGUCGACCGACCUCUUUGUUGCGAACACGAGAGAAGAACAAAACGGCGGCUCUCCGCCCAAGCACAACAUCAAAGUCAAGUCCGAGCCCGAUUUAGAGGAUGACAGCGAUUUCAUGAUCAUCGACCCAGCGGAUGCUCCUUCUGACGCUCGGGUGAAGUGGUCCCUUCCACGAGCCCCUAGCGUCAUCGACUUGGAUACCGUGGUCAAAAAGGAGCCAUUGUUCGAUGUUGAACCCAUUCUUCCGGCUGUAAAAAGCCAUUCUGGCAUCGAAGCACUCGAGAUCAGAAAGAAAGAGCUGCAACAGAAAGUCCUUCAAGGUGCUCUGAGUGCCGACGAACUUGACGAGAUGGUGCAUGUCAUAUCUCAGCUCAGUCGAGCCCAAAGCAUGGCCAGAACCGGCAGCAAGCCCAAGCCAUCACCCUUCAUCGUAUCUCCUGAGUCCGACCUUCAGAAACAGACCUUCGAUCAGGGAAAUGACCCUAAACCAAGGCCAAAGAGGAAAGCUCCUAUAGAAGAUGCCUCGGGCUAUUGGGCCAGAAGGGAGAAAAAGGAAAGAGAGCAAGAGGCCAAGGGCCCGGGGCAACAGGGGAGCAUCCACAACACUUCACGCAAAUCCAAGCGAGCAAGAGUCGCGUUAAACAAGGGCAAUGAUUCUGACGAUGAGGACCUCGACCGAAUGAUUCAUAGCAUGCUUAAGCCAUACGAUGCUAUCCAGCAUCGGGCUGACCAAGGCGACUUGCCAGCAGCGCCAACCAUCACAGCGACCAGAAGAGAGGAUCAGUUGAAGCAGAUGCGAGAAGCCGCCUCCGAGUAUUUCGACAAAAAGGUUUUAAUCGCUCAAAAGAAGGAACUUCGAGAGGCAACAAAAUCUUGGGGGCCUCGCGCUGUUCGCUGCCGGAAUGGCGGAUGGGAAGUCAGGGGCUUACUUACCCCAAUGAUGAAUCACCAGCUUAUCGUCGGAGCCUGGAUGAUGGGUCGAGAGCUGAGAACAACGCCAAAUAAGCCGAGAGGAGGCGUUCUCGCCGACGCCAUGGGUUUGGGAAAGACCAUUGAGACUCUGUCCUGCAUUGUGGGCAAUCAAGCCUCGGAUACUCUCAAAGAUGCAGGAAAGGGAGCAACACUGGUGAUUUGUCCGUCGGGGCAAAUGAUCAGCCAGUGGAUGUCCGAGGUCAAGAAGCAUUGCAACAAACGGUUUGCGAGGAGCAUCGUGCACUUCAAAGCUGGAAACAAGAUGGAUAUUGACCUUUUGGCAUCUUUCAACAUUGUUUUCGCAAGUUAUCACCAGCUGAGAGACAGUAUUCCUUCUGUCAAGGAGAGGGAGGAAAUGCAUAGACAACUCAAGGAUCCGGACGAAUAUCGAAAGUGGUUGCAAGAGCAAACUGGUGUUCUUCACUGCAUCGAGUGGCACAGAGUUGUCCUUGACGAAGCCCAUUUCAUCAAGAACCACUUGACACAUGGUGAGUUCCAUCUUAUUCCUUUCAACACGGCCGCGCUGACUGUGUAA